AUGAAGCUCGUGUUCGUCGCUGCUCUCACGAUUGCUGUUCUUGUGCACAGAAAUGCUGUCGCAGCUAGCCCGGAGCUCAAUCCGUUCGAGACAACGUCAACGAUUACGACUUCCUCCCCUCUCGCGCGACCACUCACGUUUGACAAUCUGCCCGCGCCUGAUGCACGUCGAGGAAGAUCGCUUCGACGCCGCGAUACCAAACACGCUGAAGCGACCGUAUCGGCUGCUACUAACGAAGAGCGAUUCCACGGUACGACAAGUGAUUUGGCGCCGACGAUGAAAGCUGUUGGCGCUCUCUUCACCAAAUUAGGGGAUUGGAUCACAAAGUCCCGCCUUCGUCGCCGAAUUGGACCCCUCCCAGAGUAA